UUGGAGCUGCAGCGUCCGCUCCGUGAGCUCACCACUAGACAGCGCAUCCUCAACGUGUUCAACCACUUUGUUCCCAUCAAACAGACCUACGAGCGCAUCAACAACGGAAUAACCACUGGACGCAUGCAGGCAAACACCCCCGGACGUUUCAUUGGCCAAGGCACGGACGGCGUGUUCCGCAACCUCAUGGCAAAGCCAGACACAGAGGCAAACAGACAGGAGCAGGAGGUCCAUCCUCCCACCUACGAAGAAGCAGCAGCAGACGCCUCUCCCGAGUACUGGGAGUCCACAGUUAUCUCUCCCAUGUACGAAGACGAGGUUUUCGUGGAAGGGUUGCCUGUGGGCAACGUCGCCAGUUUCGUGUGGAACGGGUUGGUGACGGUCGCGUUCCAGUUUGUGGGCUUCGUGCUCUGCUAUUUACUUCACACAUCACACGCAGCUAAGCAAGGGUCCAGAGCAGGCUUGGGUAUAACUCUUGUACUUAGUGGGUUUGCCAUGGUGCCCUCAAAUUUCGGCCACGCAGAUGAGUUGCCGGAACGGUACGUGCCCAACGACCCCAACACCUUCGAUAUCAACGGGUCACAGUCCAUCAAGAGCGAGUACGUGGACAACUACAGCUCGGGGUUGUUCACUCAGAACACGGCUGAAGAUAUUAGCAACUUGGGAACCAAUAGAACCCCCUACUUUGCAUACGGACUCAUGGCGUUCGGGUUGUUCAUCAUCCUCAAGUCGUUGGUGGAUUUCUACCGGGUCAAGCAGAUGGAAAAGGUCAUUUUGGUGCCCCCUGGGCUGACCACCACCUCUACAAGUUCAACA